AUGAGACUAAUAAUUUUUUCGCGUAAAGUCAAACUAGUAUUAUCAUUUAUAUCAGCAUUAUUGAUAUCAUCAGUGUGUGGUUCACAAUACUUAUUUUCUGCUUAUAGCACAUCAAUUGCUGAUAAAUUGGGUUUUACUUCGGUACAAAUAAAUACAAUUGGAAGUUCAGCGAAUUAUGGAGUAUAUUUAUUCACGCCAAUCUUCGGAUAUCUUGUUGAUCAUUAUUCAUCAAGAUUAAUACCAAUGAUUGCAUCAGUUACUAUAUUUACGGGAUAUUUUUGUAUGGCGAUGACUUAUCAAAGAUAUUUUAAAUCAAAAUCGAUUAUCUUAUGUGCUCUUUAUAUGUUUCUUACCGGGGUGGCUUCUGCUGCAGCAUACUUUGCAUCAUUGAGUACAAUCGUCACAAAUUUUAAAUCAUAUCGUGGGAUAGCACUUGGAUCACCAGUAGCAUUAUUUGGAUUAACAGCAUUUAUAUUUUCGCAAAUUAAUUCGUUAUUUUUCAAAGGAGAUACAUAUAAUUUCUUAUUAUUUGUAGCGAUUUCAACAGGAUCAAUAAUGUUUAUUGGAAGUAUAUUUUUGAUCAAGUUGCCAUCAGAAGGUGAAUCAGAUGAAGAAAUUUUAUCAAUUCCAUCAACGUCAUCACCAUCAUCAACGGUCAUUAAUCAAAGAGAUGAUGAUGAAAACGUUCCUUUAUUACCUUCCGAGCAACAACGAAAAAAUGAAGAGCCGGAUGUCGGAGGGUGGGAAUUAUUUCAAGAUAUUGAAGCAAUUUCAAUCUGUUUUACAAAGCUUUUAAUUGCAGGUGUAGGAUUAAUGUACAUUAAUAAUGUGGGAGCAAUAAUUAAAACACUUUAUUCAUCAACUCACGAAGAUUCUACAAAAGAAAUUCAAGAAAUUCAAAAUUUGCACGUCGCAUUAAUAUCGAUAUCCUCUUGUUUAGGUCGUAUUAGUGUAGGAUUAAUAUCAGAUUUAGCGAAGUAUAAUCAUAACGUGGGAAGAAUAUGGUUUUUAUUGGUUGCCUGUUUGUAUAUGUUUGUUGGACAAUUCUUGGUUGCAUUUAUUAUUAACGAUUUAAGUAAAUUGUGGAUGGGUACUAUUUUAAUCGGAUUCGGAUAUGGUAAUACUUUUGGUAUUAUCACUACCAUCACUUCUGAAUGGUUUGGUAGUAAACGCUUUGGUUUAAAUUGGUGA